AUCAAGCUAUGUCAGCUAGAUUGAACACAGUGGUGUAUAUCCAGUGUUUAGAAUAAAUAGCUAUUUUUACCACGGUGUUUCUGAUUCGAUACAGUGUCGAGCUUUGUGAUUCGAGCAUAGCAUCGCUAUCCAAACCAAAUCUCGUUCAAGAUACGACACAACUGUUAGCAGGUAGCCACUUCACCUCGACUUUGCACAGUAAAGAGGCGUAUUACGUGUCGAGUUUUGUCGAGAUCAUGUCUACAAGUGACAGUGAUUCUGUUGAGUCGACCAAAGGGGGCAGCCCAGCUCAUCGCAGAAAAAAACAGAAUAUGGAGUCGUCCAGAUCUCCAAGAAGCUCCAAACACCGCUACUCACGGUCAAGGUCACGCUCCAGGGACAGAAAACGUGACAGAAAAUACAGACGGAGUCGCAGCAGGAGCAAAGAGGCACGAACGAGGGACUCUGAAAAACCAUCAAAAUCUCACAAGAAAACAGAAGAGUACCAAAAGAAGGACAAACUUUCAGCAGAGAAUGGAGAGGAGCGAUCCAGACGUAAAGACAGGCGAUCGUCCAAGGGCAGAAGUUUCUCCAGGUCACACUCACGAGAGAGGCGACAUCGCAGCAGAAGUAGGGAUAGGCGGCGAUCACGAUCACGCAGCCGGGACAGGAAGAAGGCUCGGUCUCGCUCGGGUUCAAGGACCAAACACCGUCGCCAUAGCAGAAGCCGCAGUAAGAGCAGGGAGCGAAAGAAGAGAACUGAGAGAGUGCGCAGAAGGAGUCGAAGCAAUUCUGUUAAUCCACCUCCCUUUCGUGACCGAAACUUAGCUAUGGAUGCACAAGAGGCUUUGGCCAGAAGACUGGAGAGAGCAAAAAGAUUGCAAGAGCAGAAGGAAAAAGAGCUAUUGGAGAAACAACAGCAGGAAAUAGCUGCAGUGGCUGCUCCAAUUGCUGCUGCAGCUGUAGCCGCAGCCUCUAAUCCUGCCCUUAAUGUAGCAGCUCUCCUGGCCUCAGGGACGCAGGUCACACCCCAGAUUGCCAUGGCAGCACAGAUGGCAGCCCUUCAAGCCAAGACGCUAGCAGAGACUGGUGUUGCUGUGCCCAGCUACUAUAACCCAUCUGCUGUAAACCCCAUGAAGUUUGCAGAGCAAGAGAAAAAGCGGAAGAUGCUAUGGCAGGGAAAAAAGGAUGGGGACAAGUCUCAGACAGCUGAGUUAUGGGAGAAGUUAAACUUUGGAAACAAGGACCAAAAUGUAAAAUUCCGUAAACUGAUGGGCAUUAAAGCAGAUGAUGAUGGUGAAGCUUCAAAACCACUAAACGAUGAAGGUUUGAAGACUCUGCAAAAGCAAGAGGAAAUGUUUAGGAACCUUGAUGUUCAGUAUGAGAUGGCCCGGUCUCAGACGCACACUCAGAGGGGAAUGGGCCUUGGCUUCUCGUCCUCAUUCUCACGUGGAAUGGAUUCCAUGUAGUGCCAAACUUUGCCCGUCUUGGCCUCUCACUCGAUCACAUAAGACUGCCAACUCAUUGCUAGCCCUUAAGCUUGCAUGGAUGUUGCUCUGAAUCUGUAAUUUAUUUAUAGACAAAUGUUUGAUCAAUAUAUGUAAAUAACCAGAUGCUGGGUUUGUCUCAGUAUUAAGAGUUCUGCUUUUUUUUUUUUUUUUUUUUUUUUUUUUUUGGACAGAAAUGUAUGGCUGGUUAAAGUUAGAUAUGUGUGAAUAAUGUGCUAGCUUUUUUAUAAGUAAAAUACAUAUGAUGUGACUUUGAAACCAAA